AUGGCAUUUCAAACUGCCAUCGCCUGUUUGAUAACGAUCUGUCAAAAACAAGGCUUAAAAGCUAAAAAGAGAGCUACAAAACAAACACAAACAAGAAAGAGAAAACCACGUAAACGUAAAAAGAAUUGUUGCACUAGAUGCGUUCUUGGCAUUUGUAAUUGGUUUUGCAGACGAAUAAAAAGGCGUAUCAGAAGGAAGCUCUUUGGACCUCCCAAGAUCAAUCUCGAGGAAUUCGAAACAGCCGAUGUUAAUUUUGAUGCGAUCAAAGAUUAUUUUCCGGAGAAGAAACUUUCAAACCAAAUUAAAAACUUGUCUGUCCUAACAAUUUUUAAGAAUCAUAAAAAGCUGUCGAAACUCAACAUUUCUUUGAGUCAUUUAGAUUUAAUAGAAGGUUUAGAAGCUGAAGAUUUGAAAAAGAAGUUUUCAAUAAAGGGAUCGAGAGGAACUUUAUUGGAACAAAUGGUAGAAGAUUAUAAGAAAGGCAAUCUCUCUUCGGCUGGUUUAUCGGAUAAAUCUAAGUUCAAUUUUAAAAAAUUAGAUAAGGAUCGAAUAAACAGUAUGUUGGAUGCAUAUAAAGAACAAAAAAUCAAAAGUAAGAUAUCACUUAAAUUGUUAAAUGUUAACGAAUUGAAAAGAAAGCACUCUCUCAGUACUUCUAAAGAGAAAAUCCUACAGAAAGUGAUUGCAGAUUACAAAAAAGGAAAAAUAUCACAAACUGCGAUGGUUAGCCUACAAAGACUUCGAAGUAAAAAGUUAAGUAAGGAGGAGUUAAACAAAAUCUUGCAAAAUUACGAGAAAACUCAGAAAAAGAAACGUAUAACACUAUUUCCAGGACUUUCAAAAAUAAGCGAAUUCAAAAGUGCGAUCGGAGAUGCUGUAAAAUUUUCUUUUUGAGACUAUACAAAAUUUGCUAUACCUAAGCAUUUUUAGAUUUUGUUUAUA